AUGAUAUCAUCGAUUUCCUGGGUCCCUAAAGGGGUCUCAAAAUCGGUUCCAUCAGCAGCUGAUCCCCCUUCAAAUGAGAAAAUAGAAGAGAUACUGAAGAGUGGUCUCCUUGAAACACGUGGAGAGAGUGAAAAUGAGGAAAACAAUGAAGAUAUGAAUGUUGAUGAUGCAGUUAGUCAAGAUGACGAACUUUCCCGUGCGUUAUCUGCUGCCAGUGCACUUGGGAAAGCUCCCAAGAGUUCGAAGAUGGAAUCCGACAGCUUGGCGGAUGCGUUGAAAGAGCUAGACAUGGAUAAUUACGACGAGGAGGAUGAUGGUGUUGAGUUGUUUGGCUCGGGUCUUGGCAACUUAUAUUACCCAAGUAAUGAUAUGGAUCCUUAUUUGAAGGGCCAGGAUGAAGAAGACUCUGAAGAGGAAGAAGAUAUUACCAUAAAGCCAGAGGAUGCAGUCAUAGUCUGUGCUCGGAAUGAGGAUGAUGUCAGCCAUCUUGAGGCAUGUAAUUUUUUUGUAUGGAUAUUGGAAGACCCGACAAACGGUGAUUCAAACAUGUACGUGCACCAUGAUAUUGUCAUCCCGGCAUUUCCACUCUGCACAGCGUGGCUUGGUUGUCCUCUUAAAGGUGGAGACAAAGGGAACUUCAUUGCUAUUGGCUCCAUGGAACCAGCCAUUGAGAUAUGGGACCUUGAUAUUAUUGAUGAAGUCCAACCAUCUGCAACACUGGGUGGCAUUAUUGAAAAGAAGAGAAAGGGAAAGAAGAAAUCUAUUAAAUACAAGGAUGGUAGUCACACAGAUGCAGUUCUUGGACUUGCUUGGAACAAAGCGUUCAGUAAUGGACUCGCUAGCGCCAGUGCGGACAAGUUGGUUAAGAUAUGGGAUGUGGCAACUGAAACAUGUACUAGAACCUUUGCCAGCCACCUUCAGGUCCAAGCUGUAGCAUGGAAUCAUUUUGCACCCAGUGUUCUUCUUAGUGGAUCGUUCGAUCACACUGUGAAUAUGAAAGAUGUUAGAAUACCUGAACAUCAAGGAGUUACGUGGUCAGUUGCAGCCGAUGUGGAGAGCUUAGCAUGGGACCCGCACACAGAGCAUUCAUUUGUGGUCAGUCUUGAAAAUGGCACUGUUACUGGUUUUGAUAUCCGAAAAGCUAGUUCUAAAGCUUCCUCUCAGCCUGAGGCAAGCUUUACAAUCCAUGCACAUGACAAAGCAGUCUGCACAAUUGCCUAUAAUACUUCCAUCCCAAAUCUGCUGGCUACUGGUUCUGAGGAUAAGAUGGUGAAGCUAUGGGAUUUAUCGAACCAACCGUCGUGCAUUGCUUCCAAAAACCCGAAAGCUGGGGCUGUAUUUUCUGUUUCUUUCUCCGAAGAUUGCCCUUUUACGUUAGCUAUCGGAGGUUCCAAAGGAAAAUUACAGGUGUGGGAUUUGUUAACUGAUGCUGAGGUGGCUAAAAGGUAUGGUAAGUAUGCCAACAAGGCUAAAUCCUCGACUCCGUGA